GUUUUUGAAAAAAAAAAACUUGUGCACAAUAUAUUAUCUCCGGUCUAAGUUCUCUAUGUUCUGAGAAUCAAUAUAUUUAUGUUUCACUUUAAAAAAGAAAAAAAAAACGAAGAAGAUGAAAAACACAAAUACACUCAAUAUUAUUGUUUUAACUUUAAUUGUUCGUUAGGGUUUAACAGUCACUCUGUCUCCACUGCUCCAAUCAUCCCAAAAUGGCUUCCUCCAAAUCCCUAAUUCGUGCUGGGGCUUCAAUGGCGACGCGGUUCCUCAGUCGGGCUUUCCACACAAGCCCGAAUCCUUUUCUUUCUGCGAAGCACGAAUUGAUAGCGGCCCCCAAAUUGCUCCCCUCUCUGUUUAGUCCUCAGUCUCAGAAAUUGGCGCCUUUUUACUCCCCGCAGCCUCAGAACGACGUCGAGUCGAUCAGAAAGCUCAACUCCGAAGGAUUCCUCUACCCUUCUGGCCUCCCUUCUCUCCCCUUCUUGCUGCCCGAAGGUGACGAAUCUUCAUCAAGUGAGCCUAUGCUUUGUCACACGAAGAGGACGUACCAACCAAGCAACAUUAGGCGCAAAAGGGUUCAUGGAUUCUUCGCUAGGAAAUCCACCAAAGGUGGCCGGAGAGUCAUUUCCCGACGAGUUGCAAAGGGUCGGUAUAGAAUCACGGCAUGAUCAAACUUCUAGCAAGUUUCUGGCUGAUCUGAUCAAAUGGCACAGGCAUUUUGAGGGGAAAAAACUGAAUUGGUGCUCAUAGUUGCCUCCAAAUUGUUGUUUUUUAGCUCUUACUUAUUUUUGUAAUGGAGUUUGAUUUUGCUAAGUACUGAAUUUGAUCUGUGUUUGAGAUGAGCAAUAAUUAUGUUAGUUCGAUAAUAUUUUAGAAAAAAGUAUGGUGAUUUAAGUUAUGAAGUAAUUGAUAGCAUAUUGCAUCCAAGAAAAUAUGUGUUUUGGGGACUUACUA